GAGCCCUGUUCGGCCUGGCCCCGCUACGCCGCUGCCGGGCACGGCCCGCUCGGGCUCACCUUCUCCAGCCGCGAGCAGCGCGAAUCCGGGGUCACCGACGGCGCCGCGGCAGCCUGCGCGCCUGGGCCCAGCCGCCUCCGUGCCCGGCCUGGCGCGGCUGGGCUCCGUGUCCCCGCCGCCGGCGCUGGACUGCAUGACUGCGGGCAGCUCGCUGCCGCCCAGGACUUCUGCCUGCUCGGGCAGCGCGACGCUGGCCGCCGACCACGUGCACACUGGCCCUUCGACGCCGCUCAG